UCGAAUGCGAUGCAGCGCAUACCCGUUUAUUUACAUUUAAAUUUACCGUGUGCAUUCUAGAACCUCUGCACCUUUUCAUUCGUAGGAAUGGAUAGUUUUACCAAGGAUGCAAUGGAGCUUAUGGAUUUACCUGUGGAAAUCCUGGAGAUUAUUUUCGACUACUUGACCGUGCCCGACCUCAAAAAUGCCUCUAUGGUGUGCCUUCAGUGGUCAAACAUGGCCUUUUCGGGUCGUAGAAUGCACCGCGUUCGUCUCAAUGUUGAUUUCCGUAACGACGAUAGUCAAGAUUACUUAACACUUUUGCGUAGAAGCAAGCGGCAGUAUCGUCACGUUGUAUUAGAGAUAGACUCCAAAAAAAUGACUGUGAUAUCCUGUUUUAUUGAACUGUUAGAAAACUUUAAAAGAUCCGUAGAGAGUUUGAAGCUUGUUUCAUACUACGUAGAAUACUCGCAAAUUCGGGACAUCCUACUCGAGGUACCCAACUUAAAGAAACUUUCACUUCAGGCUAUGGUGCUAUUAGAUCAUGCACAAACUGCUAAUUUAAUGCCGCCAUCGAUUAAACCUUUGCACCAACUAACUGACCUGGUGCUACAAAGUGAUUCGUCGCUGCAAUUGCAACCGUUUGAUAUCUGCACCUUCGCUCCAAAUCUUAGAAAGCUCGACAUGGAUUGCGAUUUAACUCGGGCUGUAGAAGUGUUCAGUCAUUUUAGCGAUCGACUGAAAUCGGUAGCAGUAUUUUUUAAGACCAAUGCCUUUUUUCUUCGGUUUUGUGAGAUAAAUUUUCCGGAGCUAUUAGAAAUCGAUUUCUACAGCGAUGAUGAGCAAUUUGAUGAUGAUGCAGCGGUAAGAACGAUUUCCACUUUUUUCGCACGACUGAAACGUCUUCAGAUGGCUACGCUGAGGUGUAACAUAACCCAACCGAUCAUGAAUGCUUUGAUAGAAAAUUGCCGCGACAUCACUUGCCUCCAUAUCAAAACGGGCAAUCUAGAAAAUCGUGCAUUUAGUGGAUUAGCAAACCUAACAAAAUUGAAAGUCCUCACAUUGGAUGGCUGGCUGAGGAGUAUUGUGUUUGAGGAUUGUAAACCGCUUUCGGCGCUGCAAGAGCUUCGUCUUCACUCGAUAGCGAUGGAUCAUACGUUGGAGUGUUUCAAAAAAUUGUCAACCAUGAUGCCAAACCUGCGUAAGCUGGAUGUAAUAGAGCAGGAUAUGGAUGAUGAUUGUCUCCAUUUUAUCUGCAAAAACAUGGUAUCCCUUCAGCAGAUGCUAUUGGAAAUAUGUCCCAACAUUACUGAGGAUGGGUUUGAAUAUUUAAAUCGACUACCCCACCUUUUUGAGUUAAGUUUGGGAUACUUGGACCUUCUUCAAGGGUUCUUGGUACUGAUUCCACCAAACGAAGUUAAGCUACUCUCGCUUAACCGCUGCGACAAGUUGACCGACGAUGAUCUUAUGCUGAUUCCCCACGUGUUUCCGUUGCUUACAAGGCUAAAAAUUGCAUCGUGCCAUUUAAUAACGUUUGCGGGCAUUGAACGGCUGCGUUCUCAAAUACCUUGGUGCACGGUGAUAACAGAACAUAUAUUGGAAUAAAUCUAUUAUUGUAGUUGUUUUUAUAAGU